AUGCAGGAACAGGCGGCGGAGAGAUCCGCUCCAGAACCGAAGCUGCGCAUCGCUGACCCUUUCGAGGAGGACAAUGAGAUGCUCCAGCGGCUCACGGAGGAAGCCUUCAACUCAAUCUCCAAUGGCAAAAACACCAUCAACCUGAUGCAAGCCAGCACGGGCUUGGAAUUCGCGCUGAAGCGCCUUCAUCCUGUUUGCCCUCUGCCCGACAAGGCCUGGUACCCUGCAGUGUUCAAGAACUACGACUUGGAUCGCGAUGGCGAGAUUGACAAGGAGUCGUUCGUCGAUAUUCUGCAGCAGUACCACGCCUACCACUACGCGCGGUUGGUCAAGAAACAACAGAGACAACAUGGCGUUCAAUUAACCGUCACUGUCAGCGGCGACUCCGUGUCUCAGCUUGGCUGGUUUUCGUUGUCUCUUCAGCGGCGGCUAGGGCUCUCAGGCCAGAGUGCGUCUGGGCGGACGAGCGUGGGCGCAAGGGGGACGGUCGUUGACAACAAGGAGCAGUCUCUGAUGCUGGCGUCGUAUAUCAUGUAUCCGGCGCACCAUGGGCUGUGUGAGGUGUACAAGGACUACAUCUUCGGCGAGACUGUGGGGAAGGGAUCUUUCGGUAAAGUUCAGCUGGUCACGAAUAAGAAGACAGGCGCGCGGCGGGCCUGCAAAUCCAUCGGGAUUCAGUCGCCUGACCAGUGGGAGCUGAUCAAGGCCGAGAUUGAGCUCCUCAAGGCUCUUAACCAUCCAAACAUUAUGAAGCUGUACGAAACGUACCAAGACGGCUACACGAUCUACUUGAUCAUCGAGCUGUGCCACGGCGGCCCGCUGUUUGACCGCAUCGUCCAGCACUACGAGAAGCUCAGAUCGCCCAUCACCGAAGAGCUGGUGGCUCACUGGACGCGGCAGAUUCUGUCCGCCUGCGCGUACUGCCACGAGCGAGGUGUCGUGCAUCGCGACCUGAAGCCCGAAAAUAUUCUCUUUGUCGACACAACGCAAGACUCGCCUCUGAAGGUGAUUGACUUCGGCCUCAGCGACACGAUGCACAGGCUGCGGGAGACGGCGCGCGAAGUGAAGGAGAAGCGCGGAGGCGUCGGCGGGGCUAUGGCUCGCCUGUUGCCUACCUUCAAUGGAAGACAUAUCAUCCCCUGGUACGUGCGCCGCGUGCGCAUGCAGCGUGCCGGCACGCCGCACUACAUGGCGCCGGAGAUGAUUCGCGGCGACUACGAUGAGAAAUGCGAUAUCUUUGCCGUCGGGAUCAUUAUGUACCAGCUCCUGUCCGGCGUCCAUCCAUUCUACUUGCCUGGGAUUGACAAUGAGGAAUCGGUCAAGAUGAAGAUCUUGAACACGGAUCCGCCGACGACAGGAGCAGAGUGGCAGUGUGUGAGCGCCCAAGCGAAGGAUUUGGUCCGGAAGUUGAUUGUGAAGAACCCAAAGAAGAGGCUGAGUGCUGCGCAGGCCCUUGACCAUCCGUGGUUUCAGGUCAUGCAAGGGAGACGGGCACAGCCUUCGCAGCUGACGGCGUCGGUCUUCGAAGGCCUGCGCAACUGGCAAAAUCAGAACCGACUGAAGCAGGCGGUUCUCCAGCUGCUCGCGAAAGAGUUGAACGAGACAGACAUUCUCGAGUUGCGGAAGAAAUUCGAGGCCCUGGAUCAGAAAGGGGACGGCACAAUCACCAUUGACGAGUUGAAAGAAAGCAUGCACAACGCCGGGUACAAAGUGAUUGAGAGCGAGCUGGCGGCCAUCGUUGACUCGAUUGACGCGCAGCAGCAAGGCUUCAUCGGCUACAACGAGUUCAUCAGCGCCCUGCUGCUUCGCCGGAUGACGCUCCAGGAGGAACAGCUUCGGGAGGUCUUCAACAAGUUCGACGUCAACGGCGAGGGCCGCAUCACAAUCGACACCUUACGCAAGGCUCUGAAGGGCUCCCGGUAUGGCCAGCUGACCGACGAGGAACUCAGAAUGAUCUUCGCCGACGUCGACAAGAACAACGACGGCUACGUGGACUUUUACGAGUUCUGCGACCUCAUGACGUCUUAG